AUGGUAUUUUGCUGUUCUAGAAGGCAGGAUGAGCAAACGAAAGCAAUAGAACGCCAGCUUCACAAUGAAAGAAAAAUUCUUCGACGACAGGUGAAAAUCCUCCUGUUAGGCUCUGGGGAAUCCGGCAAAUCCACCUUCAUCAAGCAAAUGAACAUUAUACAUGGAGCUGGAGAAUUUACAGCUGAUGAAGUGCGAGCAUAUCGACAGCAAAUCUAUCAGAACGUUAUCUCCGCUAUGAGGGUCUUGUUGGAUGCAAGGAGCAAGCUAAAUAUACCAUGGGAAAAGCCGGAAAGGGAGAAGAAUGUUCCAGAAAUUAUGAGAUUCACCGUGGCCGAUCUUCUUAAAGGAAUCGACUUCACGACGUUUGUAGACAUCUCCUCAAUCAUCGAAGACUUUUGGGAAGACGCUGCCGUCAAACAGACAUACGAGAAACGUAACCUAUUCCAAAUUGUGAUUCUCGAAGAUCGGCGAACGAAUCGAGUUGUCGAAUCGCGGUCGGUGUUUGAAACGAUCGUCAACAAUAGGGCUUUCUCAAAUGUUUCUAUCAUUCUCUUCAUGAAUAAGAGCGACCUGCUGAAAGAGAAAGUGCCGAAGUCCGACAUCCGGCAGUACUUCUCCGAUUUCACAGGAGAUCAUCUUAACGUCAGAGAUGUGCAGUUCUUUCUUGUCGACAAGUUCGAGACGUCGCGAAAGGAUCGUGCUCGUCCAUUUUUCUAUCACUAUACAACUGCCAUUGAUACUGAAAAUAUAAGACGAGUAUUCAUAGACGUGCGAGACACGAUUUUACAGCAGAAUCUUAAGUCUCUCAUGAUGCAAUGA